AUGUAUAUCAACGGUGGCGGCUUCGUCGCGCUGGCCGCUUCUGCCGGACACGUGCUCCUCUUGGUACACCGAGCCGCAGCCAAAGACGCACUUCCCGACCUCACCUGCCCCCAGCUCCAACAGUUUAUCUGCCUGGUGGGCAUGACCAAAGAGAUCUGCGAGGUUCGAAAUUGGGAACUGGCGAACAAGUCUGAGCACUUUGCCUACAUGAAACAGUGUGCGCCGGGGUCCUCGCCGGGCGAUCCAGGCGCCUCGGAGUUGGAGUGCUCUGCCCUUGAACAUUUCACAUGCAGCUUCUGGAUGCAGAGGGAUUAUUGCCACUUGCUUCAGCGCGAGGAUGAGGGCUGCCAAAAUACUCGACGGCCCGCCGACGAAUACAUGCGGAAAUGCCAUCCCUCGAGCGCCAAAGGACUCGCCACCCACUGUGAGCGGGUGGCCACGCAGGCGGACUGGUGUGAAAAGACAUUCCGCGCCUGGGUGAGCCAGCAUGACCUCGGCUCGUUUUGCCGCGACGGGGACUGUACCCAGUGGUGGAAGCGGAUGGACCUGGGCCACUGGGUGCGAGACGCAAAGCUCCCGCGCCACUGGGACGAAGAGCCGCAGACCAAGGAGGGCCGCGAGGAUCUGAACAGGCGGCGGGAACGCGCGUUUGCCAUGACGGCGAGGGAGUGGCGCGUAAUGUUUAUGAACCAGGCUGACCCAAAGCGAGAUCUCAGCCUGAUGAGCACCCCGGACUGGAUGCGGCGCAUGGCGCUCACGCUAGAAGAAGACGUCGAAGCCGGCAAGAAGCUCGACGACUCGCCGGCGCAGUACGCAUACGCUGCCAAGCCGACGAGCGAGAGCGGCGCCGACAGCUGGCCCAAGCUGGAGAAGGCAGCGGCGGACGCGUGGCGGAACCGGCUGCUCAAGCUCGAGGAGCUGGCCGUGUACCGGCCGCCGAGCGAGGACUACUCGGGGCUCAACUGGCACGAUCCGGUGUGGGAGGCAUGGAAAUCGACGGCGCUAAACAUGACGCGGGCGUAA